GAUAGCCUUUGCUAUCUAAAAACACUUGAAAACUUAUGUUUUCUCACACGGAAGCCUUAAUAAAAGUCGUAUGACUCUGAAAGGGGAGGAGGAUAUCAUGACUGAGUAUUGACGGCAGAGAGGAGUGAGAAACAGCGUAGCGACGAGGAACAGGUUUAGGUAGAAGACGAUAAAAAAGCGCCUCCUAACUGGGACCGAGAAGAUACCUGCUGCUAGAGAGUUUCCCAUAGAGACCCUGGGAGGAGACCCGGAAGUGUGACCUCCUUUCACUGCGUGCCCAGAACAGUUUUAUCCAGCUCCUCGCCAUGUCUGCUCCUGGUUACCCAGGCUCUUAUAGUCACCCACCCUACCCAAUGCCUCAGCAAGGUGGCCAGUCCGUAGCCCCUUAUCCAGUUCCUCAGGGGGGGUACGGAGACCCUAGUCAAGCCCCUCCACCAGGCUUCAACAUGGGCUACAAUCCAGCCCAAGGCCCUGUCAUGUAUCAGCCUGGUGCGGUCGGCCCAGGCCCAGUUCCAGGACCGGAGUAUGGUGCCCCUCCGGGAGGGAUCGCUUUGGCUCCAGCUGGGUCUCCAGCUGUGGUUCCUGUUGGUGUCCCACCAGGGCUCGAGUACCUCACACAGAUUGACCAGAUCCUGAUCCAUCAAAAAGUGGAACUCCUAGAAGCAUUCAUCGGGUUUGAGACCAACAACCAGUACGAGAUAAAGAACAGUCUGGGCCAAAAGAUCUACAAGGCCAAAGAGAAGAACGACUGCUGCACCAGGAACUGCUGUGGCUCGCUGCGCAGCUUCGACAUGAAGAUCAAGGACAACAUGGACAUGGAGGUCAUCCGUCUCAUACGGCCUUUCCGCUGCGUCUCCUGCUGGUGUCCCUGCUGCCUGCAAGAGAUGGAGGUCCAGGCGCCGCCAGGCACCACCAUAGGCUAUGUCAAACAGGACUGGCACCCUUGCCUGCCAAAGUUUUCCAUCCAGGGACCCAACAAGGAGACCCUGAUGAAACUAGAGGGGCCCUGCUUUGCCUGCAACUGCUGUGGGGAUGUCAACUUUGAGCUGAAGAGCAAAGAUGGGGACACGCCCAUUGGUCGCAUCAGCAAGCAGUGGAGCGGCCUUUUGAAGGAAGUCUUCACAGACGCGGACAACUUUGGCAUCCAGUUCCCGCUGGACCUGGACGUGAAGAUGAAAGCUGUGCUCAUGGGAGCCUGCUUCCUCAUUGAUUUCAUGUUCUUCGAAAAGGUCGGGGACGCCAACCAGCGCAGCACAGUGUUUUCAUAACGGAGGGGAAAACAACAGCAUUACAGCAAGUGCCAGAUAUGCAUUCUCUGUUCAUGUACUUUGUUUUUUAAAAUUCUGCCUUCACCAAAUUCCAGCCAAAAUGGCGUCAAUCCCAGGAUCAUUUUAUACAAACAAACCAAAAUGAGCCGAUAAACUCUUGAUUCCAGAUACCUGCCAAGGAUUGUUUUUUAUAUCUAUCCAAACUCUGAGUGAUACACUCCAUCUGUAGUUUUAUCUAUUUGAAGUGGCUGAAUGCACCUACAUCUGAGCUUUAAUCCCUGCCAAAGAAAGUCAACAUCACCCCCCUCAAUGUCGUUUUCAGUGCCCACAAAUAGAAAUAAGAGUGGAUUUCAACCCAAUUAUAUGCUUAUCUAUUAUUAGCACACUCUUAUAGGUUUAGUGUGAGUGCAAUACUGGUGUGGAUCUAGGGGGAUCAUCUUGUAUUGUUAGCCAUGCUAGCAGAUACUUUCUGUUUAGCAUGAAAACAAGCUAAAUUAAGAUGCCUAACCUCGUAAAAAAACAACUGCUUAACAUGUUAGCAUUGACAUUGUCAGCAUGUUAGCAUGUGGACAUUUAGCUCAAAGCACUGCUGUGCCUCAGUACAGCCUCAGAGCAGCUAGCGUGGCUGUAGACUUUUAAUCUUAUACAUCAACAAAAAAUGUAUAUAGAACCUGAACAUGAGUAAUGUUUUAGCUUAAAUAAGGAAGUGGUGGUUGGGUCAGAGAGAGGAGUUGUGAACACAGGAGUUGACACAUGCUGAGGCCAUUUACCAAAGUGCUCUUUCUUCUACCUCUCAGCAGCCUUUCUCUUCCUCGAAGCCCUCCGUCUUAAACCCUAGUACAUUAUCUAACAACCCUGCAGCAUAGACUAGAGUGUAAAUGCUCUCAUGACCCCUCUGUAGUUUAUUGGUUGCCACCGACAUCACUGCCAAACCUCACCCUCCAAUUCCUCCAGACACCAGUGCCUUGAACAUGUGCCAGGUUAAUGAUUUAGGUGAGAGAGUGAGUGUAGAUUAAGGUUAAAAGGAGGAAUAAUUCAAGUAAAGGAAUAGAAAGAAAAAUAAAAAGCAGAAGUUGAGGUUAGUAAACGUUAAUCUGACUCCACAGUGGUUGGAAAACCCUUGUUGGUCAUGGGUUUAAGGAAAUGUAUGAACUUUCUGUAGUUGUGUAGAAGAAAGAGGCCUGAAUCUAAAGUUGUCAUGUGAAAUUUAGUUUUUGUUUUAGCUCAUAUUGCUGUAUAAUAAAUAAAUCAAUGGCCUAUUGCCAUUGAAUGCAACAUAACAUGGGUGUGCCUCCUGUGAGGCUUGGUUGCCACUAGUGCUCUCAAAUCCAGACUACAGCUCUCUUACGCUGUCAGUAUGUGUCUUAUAUAGGCCAGAUAAGUCCUUCCUUUGAGGCAGUCAUUUUUUUUAUUGAUCUCACUACUUGAUGUAAAUAAGCUUGCAUAGACUUGAGUUAAAUAAAUUGAACAUUAUGGCUGCUAUUAUUUUUGCCACAUUUAUGUUGUAUUCAUUGCAGUGCAGAUUUUUCAAAUCAGUCUGCACUUUUAGUUGCACCACACAAUAGUUCAAUAACCAUAGUAAGACAUAAUAAAAAAUAACAAUUGCAUUAGUAUGAACAACUUUAGUUAGCAAUAGUUUAAUAAGCACUUUUACCAAAACAACUCAUUAUUAACCUUUUGUUAUUUUCAUUCAUUGUCUUGAUUAUAAUUGUGCUUUGCCAACACAUGUCGAACGUCGUGACAUUUAAAAAAUGUAAGUUGAAUUGCUACCAUUAGGCUCUGUGCAGUCUGACCUCUGAUAAGGAAAGAGGAAAGGAAAGUAGCCAAAGGAUGUACAGUACAUGUAUUGCAAAUGUUUAUUCAGUGUAAGUUUGAGGUUUAUCUGCAGCACUUGCUUUUAUAAAUCAGUUAUAUCUGCUGCAGGCAAGAUCUGUGGCAUCAGUUUCCUGUUUCUAUCAAAACAAUUGUGUACCAUUUUUCUUGUAUCUUGUAAAUCACAUUUUUUUACACCAAAAAUACCCUGUACUUUAGAAAUAAAACAAUUGCCAUAUUA